AAUCAUGAACAAACCAAAUGAUUAUAUAGCUUAUAUAUGAUAUAGGUUAUAGUUUAUCUGAAGCAACAAUAUGGUUAAAGAGAGCGAGCGGUACGGGAAGCUCGCCGUCGACUACCUCUUCGAUCAUAGCGUCUACUUCCUCGUCACCCUGUCGGUCGCUUUCUUCCUCACGCAGAUGCCGUCCGUCGCCUCCUUGGAUGAUCUCCGGCGUCGGAUGGACUCGACCACCGUGGUCCUCGGCGGAUGCCUCCUGCUCUGCCUCGUCGUCAUCUAUCUGCUUUGGCGACCGCGGCCGGUGUACCUCAUGGAGACCGCUUGCUACAAGGCCAAGAAGACCAGCCACGAGUUCAUGUCUGUGGCGGACUUCAUCGGCGUUUUCCCGCCGGAGAACAUCGAGUUCCAGCGCAGGAUCCUGGAGCGCGCCGGCCUCGGGCACGACACGUACCUCCCGGAGACGGUGUUGCGCUCGCGGUCGUACAACCACCCGGUGGAGGCGCGGAAGGAGGCGUGCGCCGUGAUGUUCGAGCCCAUCGAGGCGCUGCUGAAGAAGACGGGGCUGAGGCCGGAGGACAUCGACAUCCUGAUCGUCAACUGCGGGCUGUACAACCCGGCGCCGUCUCUGUCGGCGAUGGUGGUCAACAGGUUCAAGCUCCGGCACGACGUGAUCACGUUCAGCCUGGGUGGGAUGGGGUGCAGCGCGAGCCCGAUCGGGGUGGCCCUGGCCAGGGAUCUCCUUCAGCUCAACCGGAAUUCAUAUGCCAUCGUAGUCAGCAUCGAGAACACCUCCAUGGGCGGCAGGUACGAGGGGAACGACCGAUCGAUGCUGGUGUCCAACUGCUUGUUCCGGGUGGGUGGCGCAGCCGUUCUGCUGACCAACAAGCGCAGCGAGAGGCGGCGGUCCAAGUACCAGCUGAUGCACGUGGUCCGCACGCACACGGGCGCUGAGGACCGGAGCUUCAAUGCGGCGGCCCAGGCGGUGGACGACGAAGGCAAGCUGGGCAUCAAGCUCUCCAAGGACAUCAUGGCGGUGGCGUCCGACGCCCUCCGCCUCAACCUCACCACCCUCGGCCCCCUCAUCCUCCCCGCCUCCGAGAAGCUUCACUUCGCCGCCUCGUGGCUGGCUGGGCGGCUGUCCAAAUCCGGCGCGAAGUCGUACGUGCCGGACUUCAUGCGCGCGGUGCAGCACAUCUGCGUCCACACCGGCGGCCGAGCUGUGGUCGACGAGAUGGGGCGGCACCUGAAGCUCAACGAGUGGCACCUGGAGCCGUCGCGCAUGACGCUGUUCCGCUUCGGCAACACGUCGAGCAGCUCGAUCUGGUACGUGCUUGCCUACAUGGAGGCCAAGGGCCGCGUGCGCAAGGGCGACCGCGUGUGGCAGAUCGCGUUGGGCGGCGGAUUCAAGUGCAACAGCGCCGUGUGGAGGUCGCUCCGGACCGUCGACCCGGCUGCGGAGGACCCCGAUCUCAACCCGUGGGCGGACGAGAUCCACAAGUACCCGGUAGAACUCGUCGUCCCGCCCAACACCGACACCAUGGGAAUCCACCUCAUAAAAUUUGAUUAUUAAUUCACGAUGCCGACAACGCCAGAUAUGCCGCAUACCAGGGUGCUCAUUGUUCUCCUGUGCUCAAUAUAAUUACUCGCAUAAUGGAAAUAUAUAUACAUAUAAUAAUAAUGAGGGUCCACGUGUUAAUUCCUAGAGUUAGUCCAUGCAGUUUCCUCAUCAACGUGUCAGUGUGUGUUGUGUAGGCAGAUAUUUAUAUUACAGAUAUAAUUUAGAAAGAAAGAAUUAUGCGGCAACGUACGUGCUUUGUCA